AUCUCUUUAACUGCAUUUGGAUCCUCACUCGCUCCACGAACACGAAUCAAACAGAUUACAUUUCGUGACCUCUGUCACGAACUGCCGUGAGACUGGGUUGGGUAUUUCCUCUGUUUGUCGAUGUGGUUCCUGGUGCUGUUGGUGUGGUUUCUGGUUUGGGCCGGCCGUACUUACUGGUUUCUGUUUGGCAAACCCAGCCCUUUCUCACUGGAGUCCAUUAGACCGCCCGGACCUUUAGAGAUGGACCAGAAGAAGAGAUACACAAUUCUGAAGCAAGGCUUCAGGAAAGAGAAGGUUCCAGAGAAUCUGGACGCCAUCGUGAUUGGGAGUGGCAUCGGUGGCAUGACGGCGGCAGCUACACUGGCCAAACUGGGCAAGAGAGUGCUGGUGCUGGAGCAGCAUGACCAGCCUGAGCAAAGCCCUUAACACUCACUGCUCCUGGGGUGCAAUGUCCAAAGUAUGUGAGCAAAAGGAUUUCACUCUGUUGU